CAGUACACCUCGGGGUAAUCAAUAUUAUCAGUGCCAUUGGAUCACCCUCUCGUCAAACUGCUAAAGCUCCUCCUCUUUGAAUUUCGAAAGGAAGCUGCGAAAAAAUGGAGAUGGAAGUAAAAGCGGUGGCAGGAUUGGAAGGAUGCUACGUUUCACUACCACUUCAUCUGAUUCAAACUCUUCAAUCAACCUCUUCUUCAGGUUCUCUGUUUUCAUUUCUAGCUCUUGAGCUUCGUUCAAUCGCAAACAGUAAUGAUGUCUGGUACGUUGCUUGGUCUGGUUCCGCAUCGUCUAGCUCUUCUGCCAUCGAGAUUGCUCAGCAAUUUGCAGAAUGCCUUCAUCUGCCAGAUCAUACAACUGUUAGAGUAAGAGCAGUUCCCAGUCUUCCCAAAGCCAAAAGUGUGACUAUUGAACCUGAUACCGAGGACGAUUGGGAAGUUCUAGAGCUAAAUGCAGAGCAUGCAGAGGCAGCCAUCUUGAAGCAGGCUGGAAUAGUCCAUGAAGGCAUGAGAUUUCCUUUGUGGUUGCAUGGGCACACAACCAUUACAUUUUCUGUAGUCUCAACUGAUCCAGAGGAACCAAUGGUGCAACUUGUGCCAGGGACUGAAGUAUGUGUUGCUCCAAAGAGACGCAGAAAAUCUGAAAACUCAGUUGUAAAGGCAUUACUGCGUAUCCAAGAUGGAGACAGUAGAUUUUUUCAUAAACUUCGGGUCAAGGAUAAUGAGAUGGGGUUGGUUCUUACUUCUGCUGUCUUUAUUCAUCCAGAAACAGCUAAAGUUUCUUCCCUAGAUUCUCUUCAAACUAUAGUUUUAGAGCAAAGGUUGGUUAAGAAGGAGAAGAAAGUAAAUUCAACUGCAAAGGAAGUUGACAAUGUGAUUCCAACUGACAAGCAGGAUACCAGACAGGCUGUUGUUCGUCUUCUAAUAUCAGAUUCAGUGGCUAAAGGACAUGUCAUGCUUUCUCAAUCUUUACGAUUUUAUCUGAGAGCAGGCUUACAUUCUUGGGUACAUGUGAGAAGUUGCAAUAUUGUUCUACAAAAAGAUCCUCUCUCAUUUGUUAUUUCUCCUUGUCAAUUUAAGAUGUUUAAAAAGAAGGUCUCUGAAAGUAAUGGUUUUGGAAAUCUUCAUGGACACAGGAAUCAUCGCACCGAGAAACUGUUUCUGAAGACAAAUCCAGAUACCCAAUAUGACUUGUCUGAUUGGUCAACCCAUGAGAAGGUUAUUGCAGCUCUUUCUGAUGAUACAUCUGGUCAUCAGAAUGAAGGAACUUCUGUUAGCCCCACAAGUAAUAAAGGGUUAUUGGUUCUUCUGCAUGCAUGGAUUUUGGCUCAACUUGAUGCCAUUAUGUCUUUUUCCAAAACCGAACUAAAUUCAAUGGUUUUGGGGAAUAAGAUGUUGCUUCACUUUCAGGUGAAAGGCAAUGAUUUAGCAAAACUACAUGAAUCACAUAAUCGUUCUUUUGAAGUAAAAAAGAAAACCGGGGAAUCAUCAGUUGAUAUCAUGUAUGUUCUCUCGGUUUCUGAGGAUUCUAUGCAAGGUGGAGUAGCUUAUGAGAUUGAGUUUUCUGAAGGAAACAAGAAGACCAUGAAUAAGAAAAGCUUAGAUUUCUUUCUUCAGAAAUUGGAAAAGGGUGAUGGUUUACCUCUUCAUACAGUCAAAGAAAGAAUAUCUGACAAGCGUUCCAACUUGGAGAUUUCUUCCUUGAGCUGGAUGGGCACAACAGCUGCUGAUGUGACUAAUAGGUUAAUGGUGUUACUGUCACCUUCCUCUGGGAUAUUCUUAAGUACUUACAAUCUUCCUUUCCCUGGACAUGUGUUGAUUUAUGGACCUCCAGGUUCUGGGAAGACAUUAUUAGCCACAACUGUUGCAAAAACUAUUGAAGAACAUGAAGACAUCUUGGCACACAUAGUGUAUGUAGGUUGUUCUAAACUUGCUUCAAGUAAGUCCCAAGCUAUCCAUCAAGCCCUUUCUAGUUACAUAUCUGAAGCCUUGGAUCAUGCUCCUUCCCUUGUGGUACUUGAUGAUCUUGAUAGCAUUAUAGCAUCACCUAAUACCUCAGAAGACAAUCACUCUUCACCUUCUUCUACUUUGCUCAUGGAAUUUCUCAUAGGCAUCUUGGACGAAUAUGAGGUAAAGAGGAAGCAUUCAUGUGGAAUUGGUCCCAUUGCAUUCAUAGCUUGUGUUCAGACCCUAACCAGUAUUCCACAAACCUUAAGUUCCUCUGGCAGGUUUGACUUUCAUGUCCAACUGGCUGCUCCUGCAGCUGCUGAACGUGGGGCUUUACUUAAAUAUGAGAUUCAAAAACGUUGUUUGUCCUGUUCUGAUGAUGUUUUGUUAGAUAUAGCUUCCUCAUGUGAUGGAUAUGAUGCGUAUGAUCUGGAAAUCCUGGUGGAUAGGUCAGUUCAUGCUGCAAUUGGUCGGUUUGUGUCUCGUGGGUUGACUUUUGGGAGCGAGAAAAACCCUAAUUUGACCAAGGAUGAUUUUGUACAAGCAAUGAAAGGGUUUCUGCCUAUUGCUAUGCGUGAUGUUACUAAAUCUGCUUCUGAAGAAGGACAUGGAGGCUGGCAGGAUGUUGGUGGUCUAAUUGAAAUUCGCAAUUCUAUCAAAGAGAUGAUUGAAUUACCUUCAAAGUUUCCAAUGAUCUUUUCACAAGCUCCUUUACGGUUGAGGUCAAAUGUUCUGUUAUAUGGGCCCCCGGGUUGUGGUAAAACACAUAUUGUUGGUGCUGCUGCUGCUGCAUGUUCACUACGCUUCAUCUCUGUCAAAGGGCCCGAGCUGUUGAAUAAAUACAUUGGUGCUUCUGAGCAAGCCGUACGUGAUAUAUUUUCAAAAGCAGCAGCUGCAGCACCAUGCCUCCUCUUUUUUGAUGAAUUUGACUCCAUUGCUCCAAAAAGGGGUCAUGAUAACACUGGUGUGACCGAUCGAGUUGUUAAUCAAUUUCUAACAGAGUUAGAUGGUGUUGAGGUGCUGACUGGAGUAUUUGUAUUUGCUGCCACCAGUAGACCUGAUCUACUCGAUGCUGCCCUGCUGCGACCCGGAAGAUUAGAUCGUCUGCUUUUCUGUGAUUUCCCAUCACCACAAGAGAGAUUGGAUAUUCUUAAAGUUCUUUCUAAAAAGUUACCAAUGGCGAAUGAUGUGAAGUUGGAAGGCAUAGCACGAAAAACACAAGGAUUUAGUGGAGCAGAUCUCCAAGCUCUGUUAUCAGAUGCACAGCUGGCAGCUGUUCAUGAUCUUCUCAACAGUGAAGACCCUCACAAGCCUGGAAAUAAACCGGUGAUCACCAAUGCACUUUUGAACUCGAUUGCCUCCAAUGCAAGACCUUCAGUUUCAGAAGCAGAAAAACACAGAUUAUACAACAUUUAUGGCCACUUCUUGGAUGCUAAACAAUCUGCUUCUGCACAGUCGAGAGAUGCCAAAGGGAAAAGAGCAACACUUGCGUAAUGAAUCGGUUGCUUUGCUUUACGACUUCAUUUAUGUGUAUCAGUAUACAGGUAAGAUUAGAUUUUUUUCAUUAUAUGGGUACUUAUUUUCAAAUCGGCUGUACCACACUUUGAUAGAUCAUAAUAAACUUUCGAUUCUCAUUUUUUUAUACAGAAAUGUAAUCAUAAAUAUCAUGAGAGGCGUUGGAUUUUAUAAUUUUAAAUCUGCAUUGUGUAUGUUAUUAGUAAAAUGAGGUAAAGAUUAUUCCAAUGUAGGCUUGAACAUGAGACUUCACUAAUAUUAUUGAAACUUGUUUAAACUGAUGGUAAAAUUGUAUGGGGUUUGACGUUGCAAAUCAGCGUGGAACUUAAUCCUAUUGCAAUUUACAAAAUCUUUUGACC